AUGGCUGGGACUGAUGGCUCCACCAACGGCUUGGUCUGGAAUGGUGUGUGGAAGGUGACGUCUUGGCAGUUCAAGCAAGAAGUCAUCCAACCCAAGAAGGAAAGGAAAGAGGGCCGAUACACAGUGGUCCUUAAUUCUGAGGGUGAAAAGGAGUUUGAGGAGUUCAGGGUGGCUGACUUGAGACCAAUGGGGGUGUCGGUGCUCCUGGCCCAGGGCUUGGUUCUGAACGCGGACACCAGCCGUGGCUCCACAGCUUGCGGGGCCAUAGCCGAGCUGAGGGAGGAGGAGGAUGAAGCCUACUUCAGCUCUUACGGACACUACAGCAUCCACGAAGAGAUGCUCAAGGACAAGGUGCGCACAGAAAGCUACAGAGACUUCAUGCACCUGAAUCAGGACGUCUUCAAGGACAAGGUGGUGCUGGAUGUUGGCUGUGGCACUGGAAUUCUCUCCAUGUUUGCGGCCAGGGCGGGUGCCAGGAAGGUCAUUGGGGUUGACCAAUCCGAGAUCAUCUACCAAGCUAUGGAUAUUGUAAGAUCCAACAACCUGGAUGAGACCAUCACCCUCAUUAAAGGCAGGAUAGAGGAGGUGACGUUGCCGGUGGAGAAGGUAGACAUCAUCAUCUCCGAGUGGAUGGGUUACUUCCUGCUGUUUGAGUCGAUGCUGGACUCGGUGCUGUAUGCACGGGACAUGUACCUGGCAGAGGGUGGAUCAGUCUAUCCGGACGGCUGCAACAUCAGUCUCGCUGCUGUGGGUGACACGGAGAAGCACCAGGACCGCAUUGCAUUCUGGGAUGAUGUGUAUGGCUUCCAGAUGGCCUGUAUGAAGAAGGCGGUGGUCCCAGAAGCAGUGGUGCAGGUGCUGAACCCUGACACACUCAUCUCAGAACCUGCGGUAAUACAGACGUUUGACUGUAACAAAGUGUGCCUUUCUGAGCUGGAGUUCACCUCUGACUUUACCCUGAAGGUUACCAAAACAGCUCAGUGCACAGCUGUUGUCGGCUACUUUGACAUUUUCUUCGACAGGAGCUGUGGAAACAAGGUCAUGUUUUCCACUGGACCUCACUGUACCAAGACACAUUGGAAACAGACGGUCUUCCUGAUGGAGAAUCCUAUUCCUGUUCAGUCAGGUGAGGACCUGCUGGGGAAGAUCACAGUCCGCAAGAACAGGAAAGACCCGCGUGCCCUCCUCAUCACCCUUGAAAUUGCAAACAGGAAGCAGACGUACAGUGUGCAGUGAAGUUGAUGCCCAUAUUAAGCACUGGUUCCCACAUAGAUUUCUUCAGACAUUCUAAUGCCGAACACGGAAUGCUUGCAUAAACAUGGCUGUCAUCUACAUAGCUCUGUGGCAAGUACCCAACUGUGAUUUGUAAGGUUGGUGUGGAAAAUUGAAUUUCACAAUCGCCCAUUUAAAAUGAAGAAGCAAAGCAUGGGAAGAUGGUAUUGGUUUAGAUAGCUAUCCAUUCAAUUAUGGCAUGUCCCCUGUUCUUGAUUGACAUGAGUUGAUGUUUGAACAAGGACUCACACAUUUUUUUUGUCUACCUCUGUUAUGAAAAUAAAAAUAUUACUUUUAUUUGUGGGGGAAAGAAAAUCCCUUUGUUCAUUAGUCAUUAAAAUUGCAGACACUGACAUUCAGACAUGCAUACACCCCUGAACAGCCGUGCUGACACAAGGCUAGCUUCAGGUUCAAGUUCUCUGCCAAUUCCUCAGUCACAGUAGCAUUUUUUGAUGAUGGUUCCAUCCUGAAGUUGGUUGUGCUCAAUAAAGUUUGUUUUUAAAUUA